AUGGCCAGCCUCCCGGCCUGCACGAUUGCUCGAAACAAUAUAAUCGAUCGCCGAUAUGAAGAGUACCGGAAAGACGUUCUUUGCAAGAGCUUCUUUCCCCUAGAUAAACUUCGAAGUUACCUCAAGGCGGACAAAGUACGGGACAUUCUCCGCUGCAACUGCGAUCAGUGCAAGGCUCAUCGCAAGUUCUUCAACGACACGGACCCGCUGAACUACCUUUACCGUAUAACUGGAGUGGAAGAUGGAACAAAAGAAACGAAAGACCGAACGAAGACGGCGUACAGUCUAUUUUCACUCUUGAUAUAUGUCCAGCAUCCUCUUCUUAUUGUCGGGUUUAUGGAGAAGGAGCGUAGUGAUUUCUUGCUUGAAUUCUCCGCCAGCUCAUUUACGAAAGAAAGUCUGAAAGACUACACUGGAAGAUAUCAUGCAAAUGACAGUGGCGGAUUUGCAAGGUUUGCAUCAGAGUUUAUCAAAGCCAUGCCUGAGUUUUGCGUGCCUCACAUGGAAAGCGGAGAAUUUACCCACUACGAGGCCAAUGUAAUCCUCCCUUUCAUCGAGGAAAAAGAGAUCGGGAAGAAAAUAGAUGCAAGCGGUCAGUGGACGUCAGAAGGAGCCAACGGAAAAGUCUUCAAGUUCAAGAUCUAUACUGAAUACCAGAAUUUUCCGCAUGCAGCCAAAGUCGAAUGGUUUGCCAGGAAGAAGAUUGAGACACCAGAAUUUAAAGCCUACCUCGAGAAAGCAAACCUCCGCUUUGCCCAUGACUUCAAAAACAAGCAUAUUGUCAAGCUUAUCAAAGCCUAUUGGCACGGUGACAGCCUAAACCUCAUAAUGCCCUUGGCAGUCACCAACCUGGAUCACCUACUACGAGACUCAGUAUUAGACUAUGGGAAGAAAAGAGGGGGUCCACUAGAAUCAUGUAAUGCAUGGGAACAGCUUCUUGGUGUUUCUAUGGCUCUUCGUCAAAUUAGCGGUCUCGAUAACGAGAAGGCUGCUGCAGCCCCUGACAGCAUCCCCGAGCGUUUGUGCAUUCACUUCGACCUAAAACCGGAUAAUAUUCUCAUUGAUUGCGAAAAGACCUGGGUUAUUACUGACUUCGGUCAGGCGGCCAUUGCGUACAGUAAUGGGCGGACACCACGCGUAGCAAAUCAUUUUGGUACCGACGCUUACGCCCCCCCGGAGAUCGAGAAUGUCAACAUGGCUUAUGGCCGGAAGUAUGACAUCUGGUCUCUAGGAUGCAUCAUACUUGAGGUCACUGCUUUUGUUGUCUUAGGAUAUGCAGGCCUCAAAGGAUCCAGAGAUCCGGAAACCCGGUUCGAAGGGUUGGACGAAGUUCGGGGCGCGAAACCUGCUUGGCAGAAGCGAAAAGACGAGCGAUUCUUCUAUCGCGAAACUCCACUCGGUGAUUACGUCGUAAAGAAGGAAGUUCGCGCAUUUAUGGAGAAUCUCGAAAACACCGUCGCAACUAGAGAUCACAGCGGAGAGAAAUCUAAAGCUUUCAUUCGAAGGAUACUCCAUCUAAUUGAGCGGAUGCUGAAGCCCAAGGUUGAAGAAAGAAUUGACAUUGCUGAAGUCGUUCGUAUGCUGUCUGAUGCGAUCAAGCAAGCUUCGCCAGGAACGGCUGUUCAGAAUGAAGCACAAAUGGUACCAGCGGCUGGGGAGUCGAUCCUAGGAGGCCCUCAGCUGAGCAGCCUUAGUCUGUGGCAUAAGAUCGAAGGUACGAAAGAGUGGGAAAAGGCCUGCUUGGAGGCCUUCGAGAACGAAGCCGGAUUCAUGCGCCUACAGUGUUGGGCAAACGGUCGUUUGCCCAACGACAUAAAUUUCCGUCGCGCCGACGUCAAAAUACUUCCGCUUUAUGCGUUUUGGCCUCAAGAUCACUUGGACACAUCUGGGACAUGGAUUAAGUUCUUCAUGCUUAGCCAUGGCCCCACUUCAGAGCUGGCCAACGCAAAGUUUUCCUUCUCUGAAAAUUCUCCACUUGAAGCUGCUCGUAUUGUUCAGUCCAAGCUUACCUCCCAAAGUAUCGAAGCAAGCUUCGCGUUGAGCUCGGUAAGACUCAAGCAAUUUGUACCAGUUGCAGGCAAGGUUUUAAACGAGACACUUCGAUACUUCAAGUCAGCUAAAGCUGAACAAAAGGCAGAAGACUAUAUUGAGACCAAAGACCUUGGAUCCGCAACCAUACAACUGUGGAUUGAACAGGUAGACGAAGCGGCAGCGAACCGUCGGCGCAAGCAAUCCAGCUCAUCCGAAGGAACGUAUUCCAACCGAGCGGUCCGUGUUGAGCAUCACUAUCAGAGCGGAUAUCGAGAGCUUCCUCCUCGACGUGCUGUCAUUUACUUCCACGACUGUCGAUUUAUCUGCACCAUCAAGAUGGAUGUCAACUGGAUCCUGGAAGAGAAUGAGGAUGAUCCUUUCGUCCUAUACUUUCAGCCAAAUAAACCACGCCGAGACCCCCAUUUCGUGGCUUCCUGGAUUCGUCCCACACCAGAAGAGCAGGCUGAUCACCAUCCCGCCGGCCUUCCUCUAAGCCCUUUAGUACUCCAGUACUUCGAAGAUCUCGACCGAUUUGAAGCGGAUCGAUUUGAACUCAGAUUCGCAACCUGGGAGGCACGAGACGAAUUCCGAAUAAAGUAUCUUGCGAUCAAGAGGGAAUGGGAUCUAGAGAGGAAAGAGUUGGAGAAGACACAGGGUUACACUCCAGUCAAUCGCAGGCCCGACCGUAACCCACACCCUGAUCUUGUCAGCUCUGGUACCAUUCCGAAACCAAAGCAGAAGGCACGAUUCUCGUUCGGACAAACUGCUCUUAAAGCUAUAAUGGAGCCACCACCCGUGGCAGAACCAAAGCGAGCUUCGUUACCAAAGGUGGACAAAGGUAAAGGCAGGGCUAUCGAUAAUCCUGAGGACCCCGAGAUCUACGAGCCCGCUCUGCAAAGGCAGGAAUACUUAACCGUUCCAAAUAGCCCUGCAUCUCCGACAAGAACUCAACCGCACCUACAGGUUACCCGACAUAGGCCAGGGGAGCAUCCUAGGGAGGGCCAGCAUAUUACGAGGUCAGGAAGAGGACCUAAGAAGAUGCCAUAG